AUGUCCAACUCGAAACCAACUGAUAACCCCCCUUCAAGGCAAAAGGAAGUGUACCGUGUGUCCGCUGCGGUUAAAAUACUUGAAAACCUGAAGGAUGUAUCCCAGGUGCUGAUGUCAUCUAAUGCAGUGGAUCCUGUUCUGUUUGUACGAACUGAUCGAAAAAUUAUGGCACUGAAGAUGGAUUCGGCUAGAGGAUCCUGGAAGCUAACGAAAACAGUCGAAGAAGCGUUUCCCCUUUCGAAUGCAGCUGAGAAUGAAAAUUUUUGGAACAUUUUAGACGCGAAAUCUGUUGUAGUUAAGGAAAAGAAAAGAGUUUGUGUGUAUCGCUUUGAGGAGACGUCGACUUGUGUUGAAUUUCUGGGAUUUGAACCGAUUUUGGUGGGUCGAUUUUUCAACCAGGACUCUGAGCUGGAUGUACUGUUUCGAGAUAAGACCGGUUUAGGACUGCAAAGUUACAAGAAUAAGGAUUUCUCGAAUCAUGUUACGGUUGAUGUUAAAUCUAGUCUGGGAGUUUCAAGUGACAGCAAGUUUUCAAUCGUGAAAGUGAAGGGAGAUUCCGGAAAAAAAUCUCUGAUGGUUCGAACGGGAAAUUUGAUUAAAAUUUUGGAUAUUAAUGAAUCUGGAGAACUACAACUUUUGGCGUCCGUUGAACUUGACCUAAUGAAUAACGAUCAGGAGUUCGAAAGGAUUAUGUUUGCAAAUUUUAAGGAUUCAACGUUUAGACAGCUGAUGCAUUUUACUCCGAGCCGUUUGACGAUCUACGAUUUUGAUAAGGAUUCUCGCAGCUACAAACCGUGGGGUUACUCAUCGGCCUUUACGAGGUUUAACAACUGGAACUCCGAAUACAUCAGUUCAAUUCAAGCUAGUGAUGUUGAUGGAGAUGGUUUUGAUGAACUCAUUGCCUCGGGACCUUCCGGACUGCAAAUAUUUCAGGCUUAUAAGAACGAUAAGGGGAUUUUUCUGGAUUCAAUACCGCUAAAAACUGAGCAGUUACCUCAGAAGUAUGCGGAACUCAUAGGAGUUAUUCCGAAAGGUCCCAACCAAUCGAGCCUAGUUAUUUCGUUAGAUAACGACCAUUUAUUCAGCGUUGAAGUGACAUCCGAAAUUGAACGUUACGAAAUUCCGGAGGAAAAACCACGCCUUCCGGAGAACUUCUCUCAGAAUCCGCAACCGAUCGCGGAACUGGAGAAAACCCGUUGGCUCCACGAUCAGUUUGACUAUUCGUAUCUGCUGCAGUCAGUGAAUUCGCUCAAUGGCAAGGUUGAUCUAUCGAUUCCGGUGCUGCAUCUGGACAAUCCUUUUGGAGUAAGUGUCCGAAUGGCCGUUGAGUAUCACGACUCGGAUGAGCACGAACUUCUCGGUCAGGGAUGGUCGUUUCCGCUUGAUUAUGUGGCGAUCGAUAGGAGGGGAAGUAUCUUCGAGGAGGAUUUCCAGUACAUGGUGGUGAGGAAGAAGGACAUGUUUUUGCUUAAGGAUACCGGUCGAAUUGAGCAGGAUGCAAGGAUGUUUGAAGUCGAGGGUAGUCCGGAACUGAUUGGAAGGUAUUAUGAACGGAACGGCAACAACUAUUGGUCCUUGAUGAACACGACCGAGCAGGUGACGUUUUACUUUUCCGUUGCCCAGUAUAUGAAUGGAAAACGCGAUAAGAAACAUCAAACUAGAUGGUACUUGAAUCGGGAAUAUUGUAGGAAAUCUGGGAGUUAUGUGGACUUCUUCUACGAUGUUUUUGAUAAUUCGGUUAGACCAUCGAAGCUGAUCUCCGAUUCCGGAUCGAAUGCGGUGCUCAGAUACGAAGGAACUAAGUUGACUGGGAUUAAGAUUAAAACGGAGAACUAUGAACAGGAUAUUACAUUCAACUACGCAUUUUUGGGUAACAAAUACGAUCGUAAGUAUCUCAUUCAUAUCAAACAAAGUGGACGGAUACUUUUCGAAUUUGGUUACGACUCAAAUACGAGACUGAUGAAAAGAGUGUUGUUUCCCAACAAGCUGGAAAUGUCUUUAGAGUACAACAAAAUAACUUCGCCACAAGACCGAUACACUAUUGAAGAUCAGAUAAAUUUUAAAGACUUCGUCUUCCAAUUUGGACUCAAUUAUAGCGUGUUAGUGGAUAGAAAAGAGAAUGAAAUUUUGCAAGUAAGAAUAUUGGAUUUGUUCGGAAAAAUAAAAGGCGACAAAACCUGGGAAAUAGAACAUGUAAAGGGUUAUCAAGUAUUGGUUCUAGCUGAUUUUUUCGCUGUAGUAACAACACAUGACGAUGGCAAAAGAUUUAACAUUUAUUACUCAGUCAAUAAUGUCUGGACUAAAACAGUUUUCAGCUAUCCAACUGAAAGUAUAGUAGUAGCAAGUGAAAAAUAUCUUAUUGUUCAAUACCAGUCAAAUCAAAUAUAUUUCACUAUUAACAACUCUAAACUAGAAGUCCAAAGAAAAACCACUACUGAAAAUACUGUAAUCUACACAAGCAGGAACGGAGCAUUCAUCUACGAUGAGCGAAGCUUGAUGAUUCGCCAUGAAAAUAGCGAACCCGCCAAAGAGUACAUCAUUGACGGAACGAUGGGAAGCGUUCAAGCAAUGACGCAAGCAUUGGAUAAAGGAUUCCAACUGGAUGGUGAAACAAAGCGAAGAUUGAUCCACGGAUUGAAACUGGACAUGCUGCAGAUGUUUGGUGGAGAGUGGAUUGUUUUGCGAACGUUGAGGGUAAGAGAUUUCCAUUUGUACAUUUUGUUGACUUUCACACAACUGAACAGCGAUCAUAGUAAAGGCAAGAGCGAGGAAGUAGAAGUAUACGUUGGAACGAUAUAUAAAUUGACACUGGAGGUUUGGUACCAGGGAAAGGAGAAAUGUAUACUCGGUUACGAAGUUGCCGACAAUAAUCGAUACAAGCCUAUGGUUAAAAGCUGUGAGGGUCCUUCGGUGCAGGAAAUUAAUUCUGAAUACGAUAGGAAGGUCAAAGAAAUAUCACAGCUAUCCAAAUGGGAAAAGUCUCGAAAAACUGACGAAGCACGGGCUUAUCGUACAAGUCGAUACAACGAACUCUUCGAAAAAGUAUUGAAGGAAAAUCCUUUUGCGUUCGACAUUUCUCUACUUGGCGUUACCGUGGAUGGUUUUGGCGUUCACACCGGUGGAAAAGUUGUUGUCUAUAAUGGUCAAAACUGGAAAGCUAUCGAUGAGCGUCAGGACAUCGAAGUUAUGCUGAACGAUGGAUACGUAGUAAAGAAGAGUGCUGAUCAUAAGGAUACUUUCAAAAUCUACCAAAACAAACAGCUAAAGUUCAACUCUCAGACGUCGGACCCGAACGAAGUGUACAACGUUUGGCCGCAUUACUUUUUUGCGCAACCCAAAGGAAAAAAUUUGAAAUUAUUUCUCUACUCUAAAGGGAGAGAAAUGGACCUGGGCGCAGGUGAAGAAUUUAGCUUCUACAGUAACAAUCUGUUGAUAAUAACUCAGGAAGUUAAAAGUGGAAAAUUGAUUUUGCGUCGACUGCAACAAUUUUUGGAACCGGAGAUCAAUACAGUUUCCCGUCAAACUUUGAACCUAGGAUAUGGGAAGAUACAACAAACAGUUUAUGAAUUCAAACAGAAGGAUUUAGAAGCUUUCGAAUAUGGAGUCCGAUUCAAACAAUGUAAAAUUAUACCAGAAGGAAACGCCACUCGAUUUGGAUGGUAUCAGGAUGUUUUUGAUAGUUCCGAGCAGCGACUUACUCGGAGUGUCUUCAACGGCGAUGGGCAACUAAUCCAGUAUGUUGAACCUGCUGGAGAAAAAACCUUGAAAAAGCCAGAUCCACAAACAGUUAUAACGGAUAAGGCAGGUUACCUCCCGAUAGUAGACAUCACCCCAAUGCAGGUGGAGUCCGGAGAGGUCCUGUACUAUGGCUUUGAGCGAUACGAACGAGUCCAACUGCUGAAGGAACCAACCUGGAAAUUCGACAGCUCACUGAUCAUACGUCAGAACAGGAACGCCGUUCUGCUUUUGUCGAAGAAGGCUGACACUUUUGAAGGCACCAUCAAGAUUCCAAGGAAUAAUGAAACAUUUGUGUUUUCUUGUUGGAUUAGCCCUAGUAAAGGUCUAAAGAAAAACGAAACCUUUAAGGGUGUAGAAAUUUCAUUACUAAAAAGUGAGGUAGACUUAUCCAAGACUUUGAGAGAUGCGGUCGUUAAACAAAAGAUCAACUAUUGGUAUUACGUAGAGUUGAUCUUAGCCAAAGAAGACUUGAAUGACGUUACACAGGCAAAGGUCAAGAUAACCCCUACAGAUGGAACCCUAAAACUUGAUCACAUUCGAUUUUCACCGAUCAAUAUCGAUUUCAGAGCUUUUCUAUACUCGGGUGCAGCUUCGUCAGCUCACGCAAUGCUCCUAAACAACGGUUUAAUCGUGGAACACCUGCUUGAUCCGUACGGAAACCGCAUAGCGUUGUUCAACGAAAAACGGAAGGUCACCGACUUGAUCAGUUACACGAAAACCUAUCUUUGGGGAAAAGCCUCCAACUACAGUCAAGUGCUGGAGGUAAGACCUCAGAAUCCAAUGCCGAUGGAGGUAUUUGACUCAAAGUGGCUCGUCGAUCAGCACGACACCUGGUCCACGACUAAUGGUGCCCUCGAAUAUUUCCCCAGCUUACCAGGAAUGGCCUUUAGAAAACAUCUACCUUCAAGCGAAGUAUUGGCAGUUCGAUUUUUGUUCAAAAGGUAUACGGACACCUUCUCGGUUGAAAUGUUUCUCGGUGCGGAUAGGUUUGACGUUUUCUGUGUUAUAAAGGGGAAGUUCUGUUCCUCAAAAACGUAUUCCAACAUCCCUCACAACGGAGAAGUUAUUGCAGUAUUCACCAAAACUCGGGUCAGUUUGUGGCUGGAGGGAGCGCUGCGCUACGAAAGACCAUGCAACAUCGAAACUUUCGACACCUUUUACUUCAACGUUGCCAAUAAGGUGCGGAUCAGUGAGAUGAUCUUCUUGCCGGACCCUUCGGUGAAAGUGACCCAUUAUAAUCUUCUAGGACUGCCAAUCCAAACGGUUAUUCUGCAGGAUCCAACGUCGGUUCGGGUCAAGCAGAUAGUAUACGACGAAGUCAAUCGACCGAUUAUAAAAACGAAAUGGACCCAACUCCCCAUAGAAGAAAACAAAGUAUUCGGAUUUUACGAUAAUUUUAUAAAUUCUACUGAUUCAUUCGUGUUAACCGGUAAAAUCAACGAGAUAAAUCCGAAAUGUGAAGGUUAUCCCUAUUCCAGGAACAUCUACUUCAACGAUCCAACCAGCAACAUUCAAGGAAUCACUCUACCAGGAAAGACUUUUUCCAAAGAGACUUAUAUGAGAAAGUACCAGAGACAUUCUGGAGUUGCAUGUUUGGACGUUUUAUUCCCCGCCAAUCAAGGAUUCACUCAAGUGGCUGAAAUACGGCAGAUCAAAUCCAUCCACGUGACCAUAAACGACUUCCGAGGAAGGAAAGUUGCAUACUACGUUAGCGUUCCAGGAAUCGACGAGCGACUGGUGACCUACCAAUACGAUAACGAUCGACUGGUUCUAACGCUUAAUCCCAACUAUCAUCAAGAAGCGAACACCACUAAACGUGAAGCACCAUUUUGGAACGGAGAGUAUUCAGAGGAAGAAAUAAAACUUCAGCAAACCUGGGGCAUACAGAUGACUUAUGACAACCUCGGAAAGCUGAUUAAGAAGCGAACUCCAGAUUCUGGAACUACGCAAUACAUUUACGACAAAAGUGGAGUGUUACGAUUCGCCAAGAUGGAAAAAUGGAAUCACAAAGAUAAAAUUGUUUACUAUUCCUACGGUCCAACGGGGAAAACUGUAAAGGAAGCCAUUAUUGACCAAUCAGCUACAGCCAUAGAACAAUAUCUAGACAACUCACCAAAACCUCCACCUUCGACACACUACAUCGACUAUUACUACGGGGAGUUUGACCCUUCAAUUGACAUGCGGUAUCGAACGCAACAAUCCAUAUUACACAAAGAAAAAGAGCAGCUGAUGGAGAGCUUACUGUUCGACGAGAACAAUCGCAUACUGAAGAAAAUUUACAUUGCCCCAACCUUGAACACUUCCUACUCGAUCGACUACGAAUACGGUAACGAACUAGUUCGUUCGAUUCGCUAUCCUAUCGACGUAAAUGGCACCGCGUUUACGCUAGCCUACCGAUACAACAACGUUGGCGAUAUGAUCGGAAUAGGUACGGAAGCUGAUCCGAAUCAGUUUGCGAAGCUGAAAUACAAUGCCUAUGGAUUGAUCAAGGAAAUUGUAUUUCAACCAUCUUCAAAAAACUUUUACACAAGAAUCUUCCAAUACAAUCAACCAGGGUACCUUGAAAACAUAUACGAUAAAUUUCUGCAGGAAAGGAUCAGUUACUUGGAGGAAGAUGGAUCUUCCUCCAGUGAUCGGGUAACCCUUUUUGAAGGACUGAUUUCCAAAACUACCUUUAAAGCCAAUUGGUACAACGGCACCAAUCCUACACUGUUGAGUUUGUUGAAGACCUCAAAAAACACUGAAACAAGAAAAUGCUUAAAAGAACUUGUUCAGGUCGGAUAUCUAAGGAAAAAUCAAGCUCUUACGAAAUCAUUCUACGCGGAACAGAACGAUUCGCUUAAUCCUUCUUGUAGAACUAACGCUUUCCAAAAAUUGCUUGUUCAAAAAGGAUUUCCUCAGCUUUACGGCCAUUGGUACGAUUACGAUUACUUAGGACAGUUGAUUGUUGGAAAAUAUUUCCAGAACAAGGAAGAGGCCGCUGUCAAAUUAUUUACCGAUACUGUUUUUGCUCAUUCUAUUGAAGGAAUCAAUCUUGAACAAUCGAAAGAUAUUUGGAAAAGGCUUGUUGAUACAGAUUUCAUAAAAAUAAACUGUCUUGAACCGGGUGUUUGUGUGGGGACAUCAAACAAAUCUCUACUGGAUGAAAAAGUUCCAAACGUUCCUGGGCUCCGUUCACUGAUAUUCAAAAACAUUAUCGGAAAACAAUCUAUUGCAAAAAGUAACUUCGACAAGAAAUGCAAGUAUUGGGUUAAGGAAACAACAAGCUGUUCCAAUUUCUUGAAAACUUUGACCAACUUAGGACUCGUACAAACGAACACAAUCAACCCUAUCAAAGCGCUAGAUUCAAUCUUUCAAAAAGUCUUGAAAACUUACCAGACACACCUUCCUGAAAUCGUCGGAGUUUUGUUCCGACAGUUUUCGCAAUCGGUUGGUAAACAUCCGGCCGAUAUGAAAAGCUUCCAGGUUGAUGCCAAUGGGAAUCAUCGCAGUUCCCAGAAAGGAUUCGACCAUUAUACCUUCCACUACCGGAAAGGUACCAACCAGUUAGCGUCGGUGGUGAAAACAAGUGGUGAAAAGAGCGAUACUUAUGUUAUUGAGCACAAUGGAGAAGGGAGUGUUACGAAGGCGAUGCAUAAGGGAAUUGAACGAAUUGAGUACGAUCCGCUGCUGAGUAGACCAUCCCGAAUCGAGAUGGCUGAUGGACGAUCGUUGGUAUUUCAGUACGAUGUUCGAGGGGAAAGAACUUUCAAGCAGGUUUUGGACAAUGCGGGCGAGGUUCUAUCGGAAAAGUACUACAUUCGGGACGUCAAAGGCAGAGUACUGGUAGACAUUUCCCUCAGUUUUGUGUCCGAUGAAGUUCCGCCGGAACUGCAAAUCACCAGCUACAUUUACUCGAAGUUUGGGUUGAUUGGAUUCGUCAGGAAUGACGAAUUCUACAGCGUCUUUUUAGACCACGAGGGAUCGAUCCGAUUAGUGAUCAAGGACGGUGAAGUAAGGGCCUCCUACGAUUACCUUCCCUAUGGUACAGUCUAUCGAAAGUACGGUGAAGAUCGUAGUGGUCAAAUCAGCUACCUCUACACCGGCCACGAAUGGGAUGAAGAAACGGGACUGUACAAUUUCCACUCUCGGUUGUACGAUCCGGAAAUCGGACGGUUCUAUCAGGUGGACAUGAAAGAACAAUACUUCAGUCCCUACGUUUAUGCCGGAAACCAUCCGAUAGCAACGAUUGACGGAGAUGGACAGCUAGCGAUGCUUUUGCUCUCGAUCAUGUUGGCUUUGCUUGGUGCUUACUUGGGUGCGGCAGGGGCCAAUAACUCCUGGAAUCCUUCGGAAUGGAACUGGAAGAGUAGCAGCACAUGGUUGGCGAUAAUCGGAGGAGCUUUCUCGGGAGCAUUAUUACCAGCCAAUAUGGUUUCCUCAUUCUCGUAUCUCGUAGGUUUGGGGUUAUCUAUCAACACGAGCAUUUCUGUUUUGUUGGCCUCCGGACUAGGCUUUUCCUAUUUUGCCAUGGCAGCUGCCAACAAUGACUGGAAUCCAAACAAGUGGGACUACAAGGCACCCAAAACUUGGAACGCAUUUUUCGGCGGUGUUUCAACAGCAGCAUUUGUCAUCCAGAACCCGAGUAGUUUGUAUGAGGGUUUCACUGCAAUCUCCUCAUCAGUGGGACAAGGCCUCUACGUAGGUGGCAAAUUUGUUCUGUCAGCUGGCUUUGCUUACAUUUUUGGAGUUUUGCAACAAAAUGGAGAAUUCGAUAUCAGCAAGUGGAACUUCACCGAUCCGGACCUUUACUUCAACAUGCUUAACGGAGUGCUGUUAGCCACUGUUGUUGUCAACAAUGCUGCCAAUUUACCAAAAGAACUGAAAAGCUUAAAGAAGACGGUGAUGCAACAUCUUGACCGAUUCGAUGAGGUCGAUGCCUUCAUCACCUACAAUACCCAUAUUGGAGCUAGUUGGGCCCAAAAAAUGUCGAAUGUACAGUAUUAUUUAAGGGCAAACGAAGAAGGGAUCAAAUUUGUAGCACGUAGCGCACUUUCAGUUGGAUUUUAUACCAUGGUAACAUCUUUGAGGAUCACCAAAUAUAUCGAAAAUGGAGAUCUACCCGUUUUCAGUGUUAUGAUGGCUCACAUUCAAUCGAUUUCCAUGUCCAGAAAAUUUUCAGAUAAGGUUUUAACUAAUCUUAUACCAAGUCCAAGUGUAUCGCAACCAGCUGCAUUGAUGGCACCAAAAGUGGAAUUUGAGAGUAAAGCUUCAUCAAAAGCUUCCAAAUCUAGCGGAUCUAUUAUCGGAUGGAUUUUCAAAUGGUUUUCUACCGAAAAACCAAUUCUAAACGACUACGUCAAAACGAUAGUAACUAAACCUACAAAGCUUCCCAAUGCUCCGAAAACUUUCUCAAUUCCAAAUUGCUACACAAUUUUACAAAACGAUGGAACACCUUCGAUCGAAUGUUAUGGCCAUCGUUCUAAAGUAUCGAUCCAUUCCCUUUACAAUCAACCCAAGAUUUCUCAAGAGGACACCUUCAAAAGGUGCGUUCCGAUCAGUUACCGAAAAAUUCCUAGUGUUUCCUGUGAAGGUGAGAAAACUUCGAUCUUAUUUACUCCCUUCGAGGGACCACGGAUGUUUGACUUCGUUGAUGGGUGGAUUUUGCUGGCUUACACGAUGCCCACGAUGGUUAGGAAAACUUUCAACAGUUUAAAGAAUAUGUUCAGCCAUCAACGGAACCAAGCUAAGGACCAGACCGCCGGCAGUUCGGAUAUCGAAAGCUUGAAAGAAUAUGUCAAACAAAGUCGUAUGGUUUCCCACCAAGGAGUCAAGUUUUCGAAAGAUAUUCAACAGUUGCAGCAACACCUUGACGAAGACAUUGAAGAAUUCCUAAGUGAAAAGUUUAAGUCAGCGAUCGUGUGUGAAACGCUAAAGGGAAGAAUUGCAGCACUCAAGGAAGAAAUUAUUGAAGAGUUUGAAGUCAGUUAUCUUCAUCAAUUGAACCAAGCCCAACAAGAAGGGCCCAACGCUCGACGCAAUGUUAUGAAUGACUUAAACUUUGAUUCAAUUUUAAGCAAAGUUAAUCCACUUUCUGGAGAACUGCAUGGAUUGCCUGAAAGCAGUCAAAGAAAUCUCAUCAUUUGAGUCAUGCUCGUUGAAAACUAAACUUUGACUUAAUUUCUAUUUCUAAUUGUAUUUA